AUGACAGAAGCAAUCGGUCGAGAUCGUCACCGCCCGGAACACCACCACGCAUAUCCCGUAGCCGGCAACGUUUAUUACAGACCCAGGUCAACAGAACGGAGGCACCGCGCAACUCCGAGUCUCCCUACUCCGCAUAUUCGGCCUCGUCCGAGGAGACCUCAGUCUAUCCACAUCGUGUCCUAUCCCGCCGGGUACACGCCGCCUGACCUGAGGCCAGCCGCGCUAGCCAAGUCUAAGUCGUCUAGGUUCAGGAAGGAGAAGAACAGCAGGGAAGAAGCGAAGAAGGAUAGGAAAGAAAAGAAAGAAGACGGGUCUGUACAUAGGAGCUCACCGCGGCGAGUAAUCGAAAAGGUGUUGGGACCGCUGAAGUUUCACCUCGCCCAAUACGUAGCCGUAGAUAAUCCUACGCCCCCAAACGUCGCUAGCGCCACCGGCGAUUUGAUUCCGAGACCGAGACCGAAUACGAUAGGCGCCCCGCGUCCACGGCCUCAUUCCAUGCUCGCAAUUCCCCCUUCAGCCACGUCUUCAAUGCUCGGCACAGCCAGCAUGACAGGCUCAACAACCCAAUCACCAAUUGUGGCCACUGCUGCGCACAGUUCCCACAGGAAUAGUAUUAUGUCGGUUCGCUCAGCUAAGAGCAUAAUGAGCUCUUCGGUGACGGAAAUACCAAAACCAGUUGCGAGCGGGAGCGGGGUCUCUUGUUCAAUCAUACUAGCAGAACCGAACGUAUUUCUUACGGGCUUCGAGCACGACGGGCACCCGCGAAACGAUGCGGCCAAUUCAACGGCAUUACUGAGGGGCAAGUUGCAGCUGAACGUGUCUAAGAACGUGAAGAUCAAGUCCGUCACCCUCAAACUCCACGGCAGAGCCAGGACGGAAUGGCCGGAAGGCAUACCCCCCAUUAAAGUCGAGCAAUUCGAGGAGGAAUCCUUAAGGACACAGGUCUUGACGUUCUUCCACGCCGCGCACGAGACAUGGGAGACCGAAUUCGGAAACCAGUGUGCCUAUUCGUUACGAAGCAGCGCCGAUUGCCCCGCAUCUCGAAGACCUACAUCCCCCUCACAAUCGACGGUGUCUUUGGCCUUGAGGAAUAAGCCUACCGGACACUUAACGGCCCGCGAUUAUAAGCGGCUGUCGCUACAGUCGGUACAGUCACGCAGCUUCGGUAAAGGAGACACGCCCAAUCCGAAUAUCGUACAGCCGAAGACGUACAAAAUUUUCUACCCAGGCACCUACGAGUAUUCGUUCGAGUUGCCCAUCGACCAUCACCAGCUCGAAACAACCAAGCUCCAAUUCGGAUCGGUCAAAUGGGAGCUCGAGACUAUAGUAGAGAGAGCAGGCGCCUUCAAGCCUAACCUCCAUGGGACAAAAGAAGUCUGCAUUGUCAGGGUCCCCGAUCAGCUAUCCCUCGAAAUGACGGAGCCGAUCUCCAUCAGCCGGCAGUGGGAGGAUCAGCUCCACUACGAUAUAAUGAUAUCGGGGAAAUCCUUCCCCAUCGGCACAAAAAUACCUAUAGCGUUCAAAUUGACACCGCUAGCCAAAGUGCAGGUUCAUAAAUUGAAGGUGUUCGUCACCGAGUCAAUCGAGUAUUGGACUAACGACAGACGAGUUACCCGAAAAGAUCCGGGGAGAAAGAUAUUGUUGCUGGAGAAAUCUGCGGGGAAGCCUCUCGACAAGCAGUUCGAGGCGUCGGAUAUAAGUUUUCUGAGCGGUGGCGAACUGACUCCGGAUCAGAGGCGCGAAGCGCGGAUUGCGGCGCAACGACGACGAAGCGCAGAGGCGUCGAGGGCUCAUACCUCACCUCAGCCGUUGCCCGACCCCGCGGAGAAUCUGUUGGGUGAUCUGGAUCUAGGGCUCGAGGCGUAUUGGGGAUCGACAGAAAUCGAAAUGAAUGUCCAGAUUCCGACCUGCGAUCAGAUGGCCAAGGACAAAACUCUAAGGCUUCAUCCGGAUUGCAGUUGGAAGAAUGUUAACGUAUAUCACUGGAUAAAGAUCGUCAUGCGCAUUUCCCGCCUCGAUCCCGACGAUCCAGCAGGUAAGCGGCGUCGACACUUCGAGAUCAGCAUCGAUUCGCCCUUUACCGUCCUCAACUGCCGCGCGACGCAGGCCAACACCGCCCUUCCAGAGUACUCGGGUGCCGAACGCCCUAUAUAUCACCAGCAGUCAAGUUGCGGAUGUCCCGACGCCGCGAUACUCGCCACUAAUCCGAGUCCCGCAUCGAGUACCGGCACGAUACCCUCUGUUGAUCCUCACGUUAGCGUUUCCAGCGUCGGAUCUCAGGGCAUUGCAUUACCGCCAGCCGCACACAUACAGCAGCACCCGGCUGGUGGCUCGCAACCCCUACAGAGACAGUCUCAGCCCCCGAUAGCGCCGAGGCCCAUGCACCUUCUCAGGCAUCCUAGUUUCAAUCCCCCGGCAUUCGAUGAUGACGACCCGCCACCCCCAAUGCCCACGCCUCCGCCGCAGUACGAUCUUGUUGUCGGAACGCCCAGCGUAGAUGGUCUCGCCGACUACUUUGCACGGCUAGCAAACUACGACGGUGACUCGGAUAGCGCGGAUGAAGACGGCACGCCUAGCAGACUCACGGAGCGAAGCGGUCGGGUCAAUGUACCACAUCCAAGAACGCCAGGGGGUAGGUUAGUCCCGAGCAGGAGUCUAGAAAUACAACGUCCCCCCGUGCCCGCGGCACUAGGUAUAGCCGGCGAUUUAUCAACGCGUAGGGGUUAAUAUCAUGGUUUACGUUACCUUGGAUGAAUGAGUAUUAUCACAGUUUUGUAAGGAAAGGAAAGAUGGCUUAUGGCUAAUGGAAGAACUUGGGUUUUCCGAACCAGAUUUACAAUUAUCAUCAUCAUCGGUAUGGGAGUAUUGGAUUGAUACCCAAGCACGGCAUAUUGCGAAAAGUUGCAUCCAGGAUUCUCAUUAGAGGCUGGCUUGGAAGGGCGGGAGGCAUACAUAUUUCCCAGUGGUUAUGACAUGAGUUGCAUUAAUAAAUAUAAAUACAUUGUGCUGGGAAUAUGUUAAAAUGACUUGUUGAUGUGAUGAUUGAUUUACACGAUAUGGUGCUUUUCCCCAUUGAUAUACUUAGGUAUGUAUUUCCUUAAUUUUUGGAUAGUCAUCUUAAUGACGGUGGCCCGGGAAAAACGACGCGCUUCGGAAGAUAAUGUGGGAUCGGUUAGCGAAUUUACAACGGGAGUCGUUAAAUUAUGGUUGCCGG